AUAUUAUGCAAUCCAUGAAUACUAACCAUGACCACUGACGACCCUGCCCCUAAGAAAGGGGCUGUUGGGCAAGGGCCCGCUUGCCGGGAUGUUGGGCAGCUUAGGCAGGAGGUGCUGGAGGCAAUAGGUGCUGGAGACCACCCGGAGAAGCGACAAAAGGGCUCGCUGCUGGUGCCGAUACGCGUGAACGUUGACCGCGAGGACGGCGAGGACGUGCGCGAGCAUUUUCUGUGGCGGCUUGGGGAGCCGGGCUACGAGGUGCGUCCCAUCGCCGUACGGCUGGCGGCGGACCUGCAGCUACCGCAAAACUACAUUAGGAAUGUGGAGGAGGAGAUGCAGCGCAGCCUGCGGCCCUUCGCCACCUUCAAGGACCUGGGUGGACCGCGGCUGGUGCGGCUGCAGCUGUACGUGCGGCGCGAGGGGCGGGUGUUCCGGGACGAGGUGGAGUGGGACGUGGGCGGCGGCGGCGGCAUGGCAGGCGGCUGCGGCGCCGGCGGCGGCCGCGCUGGCGGCGGCCUAAGCCCACUGGGCUACGCGGUGGAGUGCUGUGCGCAGCUGGGGCUGCACGACCCCGCCUGGGCCACCGCCAUUGCGGGGCAGCUGGAAGAGCUGGCGCGGGAGGCGGCGGAGGACCUGCUCCACCACAGCCCCGAGGUGGCGGUGCUGCCCCCAGCCCCCUCCGUGUGGCGCCCCCAGCCCGCCACUGCCACUGCCACUGCUACUGCCGACGACCCGGUUGCUACAGCCUGCUGGCAGCCGCUGCCGCCGGGGCAGCUGCCGCCGCCGCCGCCGCCCCUGCCGGCGCCGCCGCUCGAGGUGUGCGAUGCCGACGACGCCGCCGGCUGGGUGCCCGUGUCCCGCUACGGCGCAGUGCCGCUGCCGCCGAAGCCGCCGCCGCCCCCUGCUACAGCCGCCGUUGAUGCUGUCGGCAUUAGUAAUGGCGGCGGCAGAAGCAGCAGUGGCGGCGGGCGGGUGGGUCUGCCGCGGAUGGAGCCGUACGACCCGGCUCAGGACCUGGAGGCGGAGCGGCGGGCACGGCGAGAGGCGAAGCUGCGCCACCGCAGCGGCGGCGGCGGCGGCGCGGCAGGCGAGCACGGCCACGGCCACGGUCACCGCCACCACCACCACCAUCACCACCACGGCACCGCCUCGCCGCCCGGCGGGGCCCAACAGCACCACCACCAGCACCACAGCCGCGCCUCGCACGGCGGCUCGCAGCCCCCACCCUCCAUGCCCAACUCCCCCGCCGGGCACGCACCCCCGCACCCUCCGCACCCUUCGCACCCUCCGCACCCUUCGCAGCAGCACCCGCAGCAGCAGCAGCACCCGCCGGGGCAGCAGCACCCGCAGGGGCAGCAGCACCCGCAGGGGCAGCAGCAGCACCCGCAGGGGCAGCAGCAGCACCCGCCGGGGCAGCAGCACCCACAGGGGCAGCAGCAGCACCCGCAGGGGCAGCCGCAGACGCCGGGGCAGGUUAAGCGCGAGGAGGAGGGGCAGGUGAAGCGUGAGGCGCACGCCAUGUCGCCGGGAGCGGUGGGGCCGGUGGUGAAGUCGGAGCAGCUAGGCGCGCAGCAGCAGCACCCACACCAGCACCCACACCAGCACCCGGGUGCCGCAGCGCCGCAGCAGCCGCACCACCACUACCAACAGCCCGCGCAACAGCCGCAGCAGCAUGCAAGCUUCAUGCAGCCUGGCCCCGCCCACCCGCCGCAACCGCAGCAGCAACAGCACCCACACCAACAGCAGCAGCAACACACGGCGGCGGCGGCGGCGGUGGCCGUCACUGCGCCGCAGCAGUUCGGGCAGGUGCCGCCGCAACAACAGCCGCAGUACCAGCAACCGCAGCAGCAGCAGUACCAACCGCCACAGCAACCGCAGCAGCAGUACCAACAGUACGUCCAACCGCCGCAACAGCCGCAGUACCAGCAACCGCAGCAGCAGCAACAGCAGUACCAACCGCCGCCGCAACUGCAGCAGCCGCAGCAGUACGCACUUCCGCCGCCGCAACAGAUGCAGCAGCCCAUGGGGAUGCAGCCGGGGCCUCCGCGGCCGACGCAGCAGCAGCAGCAGCCGCACCCGCAAUUUCCGUAUGGGCAGUGAGAGUGAGACUGCGUUGUUGAGGUUACGUUGUCUGGCUCUGCAAACUAGCACCUGACUUGCGGGUUGGAGGUGAGCUGACUAAAUUUGGGGCGCGCGGUGGCGCCCUGGGUUUGGCCGAGCCGCCCUUCCUCAGCACGCACCGGUUCCGUGUAAGGAGUGGGGUGCGUACCUGUGGCCGGCAUGACGGUGGUUGCCUGGUUGCUGGCUGGUGCAGUGCGCCGCAUGCGCGUUCUCGAGGAGGUGAUGGCAGAUGCUUGUCGUGAUGCACCUGGUUUGGUGGGGUUGGGUAGAACUACCGACGGACUCCGGCUGUAGGCUUUGUCUGUGUGAUGUAGUGAGCCAAGCCGCGACACCGCGCUGCAUAUAUAUGUGCCUUACUAUAUGACAUCACAUAGCUCCCACGCCCUGAACCGGCCUGCUGCUGCCUGCUUCGUAAUUCUUAAAGCAAAUCCGGCUGGGACGGUACCUUAAUGCAGCCCAGUGAUGUAUGCGGGCACACGCGGGGGCAUUGGCGUGGCAAACCGCAUAACAAAUCAACUAACGUGUAACAAAGUGGCUGG